AUGACGGCCGCGCGCCCCCUGGACCGUCAGCGCGCCGUCAUGUCGCGCCUCACCCUGGCCGCCCUGGAGGACAGCGGCUGGUACCAGCCCGACUACAGCCAGGCCGCUGACCUGGAGUGGGGGGCGGGGGCGGGCUGCACCUUCCUGCUGGGCAGCUGCCAGCAGUUUGCGGCCGAGAACCCCAGGCAAGACCUCUUCUGCCCCCAGGGCUCUGCAAAUACCGUCCGCUGCUCCGCCGGCGCCCGCCUGUGGGGAGUCUGCCGCGCCAGCAGCUUCACAGACGGCUGCCUCAUUGUCGGCCGCGACGCCCCCAAAGACUCCGGCCCCGGCGGCGCCGCCUCUGACUUCAGCGGCAACUUUGACUGCCUGCCCCCCUAUGCCCUCGACGCCGCCACCAAGGCGCUACUGCCGCGCAUCGGCGCCAGCGGCAUGGCGCGGGACGACCGGUGCUUCGACCUCGUGGCGCCCCCGCAGGCGGCGAAGGGCGCGAAGACGCUGUGCGUGGCGGGCGGCGGCGGCGGAGCGGCGCAGUGCGCGUCUGAGCGCGCGCUGUGCUUCCGGGCGGCGUGCGACGCGAAGGGGGCGCUGUCUGUGGUCAUUCAGGGGGCGGGGGGCGCCCCCGCCACCAAGCUGGCCUGUCCCACGGGCACCACUCUGAACCUGGCGGCCAAGGCCACGGGGCGCUUUUCAUCCGGGGCGCUGCGGUGCCCCGACAACGCGCGCACCUGCCGGGGCCUGGCCUGCGGCGCCUGCGACCCGGCCGGCGGCUUCUGCAGCCUGCAGAGCGGCCGCUGCAACUGCUGGGUCGAGCGCACCGGGCCGUCGUGCGGCGUCGCGGUGGCGGCUGCCAAGCAGAGCGCGGGGUAG